AUGAAGCUGUUCGUAUUCCUAGCCUUGGCUGUUGCCGCAGCCACCGCUGUGCCAACCGGCAUGAACAAACCCCUGAAGGUUAUGGACAUGCCAAAGAAAUCCAUUGAGGGACGCAUAACCAAUGGCUACCCAGCCUACGAGGGCAAGGUGCCCUACAUUGUGGGCCUGAGCUUCGAUGGCGGCUGGUGGUGCGGUGGUUCGAUCAUUGGAAACACCUGGGUCCUGACUGCCGGCCACUGCAUCAAUGAUGGUUCUGGAGUGACCAUCUACUACGGCGCCAGUUUCCGUCAUGAGGCUCAGUACACGCACUGGGUCAGCGGGGGCGACCAGAUCCGUCAUCACGGAUACAAUGAUCAGCUGAACAACGAUAUUGCCCUGAUCCGCACACCCCAUGUCGACUUCUGGAGUUUGGUCAACAAGGUGGAGCUGCCCAGCUACAACGACCGCUACAACAACUACAACGGCUGGUGGGCUGUCGCCUCCGGCUGGGGAUACGCCUGGAACGACAGUGGCAUGCAGGCCUAUCUGAACUGCGUGGAUGUCCAGAUCAUCAGCAAUGACGAGUGUCGCAACGUUUACGGCGGUGGCUAUGUGAUUGACAACACCAUCUGCAUCAACACAUCCGGCGGUAAGUCCACCUGCAACGGCGAUUCUGGCGGCCCUCUGGUCACACACGAAGGUAACCGCAUCAUCGGCAUCACAUCCUUCGGCCAUUGGGAUGGCUGCACUGCCGGCCAACCUGCUGGCUUCACCCGUGUCACUGGCUACUUGGACUGGAUUCGUGACAACACUGGUAUCUCCUACUAAAUGGAAAAUUCGAACAUAA